AUGAUCAACAAGGCAUCCGUGGCCAUGCUAGGUGCCCUUGCCGCCCUGCAGGGCGUCUCGGCCCAGAUCAAGCCCGUCGACCAGGCCGUCAAGGACGGCAACCUCGCCAAGCAGGACGUCGAGACGGUCGACGAGAUGUGCGGAAGUCUUAACGGGGACAAGUCAUCGACCAAGCCAUGCACCAUCGAGCAGCACGAGAACGCCAUCCUCGUCGCCUCGGCCAAGACCGUGUCCAAGACGGAUGCGGGCGCCGCCAGGAACUGGUUUAAGCAGUGGGAGAAUAGCAAGCGUCUCCACGAGGCUCGCAAAUGCUGCAUCCAGUGCAAGGUGGACGCUUGGGAGAAGGGGCUUCCGGCCAGCCUGACCCCCAACUUAGCCAAAUGGUGGGUCGACACUUUUUACGACGCUGGGCGAUAUACCAAAGCCUGGGAGGCGGAAAAGUCCGAUUUCACAGCCUUGAUGGAUGAGUGGCAGUGGAGGAACAAGGACGCGCAAAUGCCGCCUCCUACCAACCAGACUGCGGCGGAGGCCCAAUAUGAGCCGGCUAAGCAGUGCGAUGCUCUAAAUGCCGCUGUGGCGACUCCCGUGAAGCCCGAGAUCGCCAACACGACGGUCGAAUUCCAAACGAUGCCCAAGCUCAUCAUGACCAGCUCUCGCUCCUCUGACGAUAAGGAUCUCAACGCAUCGUCCAAAUCCGCCGCCGAGAUGGCGGAUCUCAAAUUCUACUGCCAGCCGCUCUACGUCACCGCCACCUUGCAUGGUGGCCAGAUUAGCGGUGGCGUCUUUGCCGCCCCGGCCGAGCAAGUUGAAGGAUUCACGUCCCGCGUCAAGGUCAACAGUGUUCCACCCCAGGCCAUUUACGAAAAGGGCUGUCAGGUCUGUUCCGGGGCCGCUCCCAAGCGCGUCGCGGUUAUCCUUGGGCAGCCUCUGUCUCACGAUGAGCGCGAGGCAAUGACGAGCCAGAUUUCCAUCCGGGUCGGCGUGUCCGGGCCACGUGACCCCAAUGUGCUCAUGCCCAUGCGAGGCGUUUCAGUCACGAGUCAAGACAGCACCAACCAGCCGCAGGUGAAGACCGAGACCAACCAAGCCGGCACCAGCCAGCCGAAGGCGAAGGCCGGGGCCACGCAAGUCGGCACCAGCCAGCCGCAGGUGAAGGCCGAGGCCAAGCUAGGCGGCGUUUCCGGCCAGCCUUCCGUGUCGACGGUCUCUGCGCAGGUCCAAGGCGAGCAUCCCUAUUGCGAAUAG